AUGGGGUCACAGUCAGAGCCCAUUUGCGGCAGCGAUCAAAGCAACUCGCUGACGCCCGCUCUUGCGUGUCGUGAGCUUAUUGAAACGCUCGAGAGCCACCGCGCCAUGCUGGAGCCGGGCAGUCGAGAGCUCGAGAAACAUGCCGCAAAACAGGCCAACAACCUCAGGGGGACGCAGGCUAAAAAAGCCGGACUCGAGACGGCGCAGAGGGAGAAAUCAUCGCAUCCCGCAUAUCUGGAUCUCAAAUACCUCGAGAGGAUCCCGCAAGACCGCAUCCAAGGCCAGACGGCCUUCAGCCAGGCCAAGAGCUACUUCGCCGUGCGGCCAACGUUCAACGUCUCCGUCACCACCGACACGCCGAUCCGCAGCUGGGAGCGCCAACAGAGCGAGGGCGUCUCCUGGAACCCCGUCCCCGCGACGGCCGAGAUCGUGCUGUUUGGCUGGCGGAAAGAGAUCCAGGCGGCCGAGAUCGCGCAGCUCAGGGCGUCGCUCAAGGAGCUAGAGGGUGACAUCGUCUCGGCCAACGCGGCCGUAAAGACGUACAGCGACGCUGGCCACCUCAUGCUCAAAGUCUGCCAAGGCGACCUCGGCAAGGUGAAGACGUGUACGGCAGUGGCUCCCGGCGCGGUGGCAUCUGCCAAAGCCCAAGCCUACCUCGACGCAGGAAGCCUCUCCGGCUAUGAGGCCGCGUUUCUCGCCCUCGAGUCGAAAAUUGAUCCUGCCUCCCCUCCACCGGCCUCUCUCCUCAUAUCCGACGACCUCUCUCGGCAGCCUGUCGACCUACCCCCGCUGCUCGCCUCCGCUAUGGACGCGUGCGAGACCGACGUGCGGUCCGCAGAAUGA